AUGGCUCGGCCGUACAUUUGCGUGCUGACCCUGGCUGCUGUGCUGCUGCUAGAUUUCCCCACGGUCUCCGGAUCUAAGGGUCUCUGGGGCAAGGAGCAUCGGAGGGCGUCGCGAAUUCCUUCUGAGUUCAGCCAAGAGGAGCGCGUCGCGAUGAAGGAAGCCCUGAAAGGUGCCAUCCAGAUCCCAACAGUGUCUUUCAGGCCCGGGGAGUACAACAGAACAGCCCUGUCUGAGUUUGGCGGAUACAUUCGUAAAGUCUUUCCUACUGUGUUCAAAACCAGCUUUAUCCAGCAUGAAGUCGUGGGAGAGUACAGCCACCUAUUCACUGUCCAAGGCUCGGACCCCAGCUUGCAGCCCUACCUGCUGAUGGCUCACAUUGAUGUGGUGCCUGCCUCUGACCAAGGCUGGGAGGUGCCCGCAUUCUCUGGGUUGGAACGUGAUGGCUUCAUCUAUGGUCGAGGCACACUGGACAACAAGAACUCUGUGAUGGCAAUCCUGCAGGCCUUGGAGCUCCUGCUGAUCAGAAACUACAUCCCCCGAAGAUCUUUCUUCAUUGCUCUGGGCCAUGAUGAGGAGGUGUCCGGGACAGAUGGAGCUAAGAAGAUCUCAGCCCUGCUACAGGCAAGAGGCGUCCAGCUAGUAUUCCUUGUGGAUGAGGGUAGCUUCAUCUUGGAUAAUUUCUUUUCCAGCCUCAAGAAGCCCUUUGCCAUGAUUUCAGUCUCAGAGAAGGGUUCACUUAACCUCAUGCUGCAAGUAAACAUGACUCCAGGCCACUCGUCAGCUCCUCCAAAGGAGACAAGCAUCGGCAUCCUCGCAGCCGCUGUCAGCAGACUAGAGCAGACACCAAUGCCGAACAUGUUUGGAGAUGGGCUGUUGAAGAUGACAUUGCAGCAACUGGCUAAUGAGGUGUGGGAAGAAGUCUCAUAUAGCAGCAGUCCCAACCUUUUUNNNNACAACCUGUGGCUAUUUGGGCCCCUUCUGAGCAGAAUUUUGGAGAGGAAUUACAUAACCAAUGCGCUGGUCAGGACUACCGUAGCACUCACCAUGUUCAAUGCAGGGAUCAAGAUGAAUGUCAUCCCCCCAGUGGCUCAGGCCAUAGUCAACUUCCGGAUUCACCCUGCACAGACAGUCCAGGAGGUCCUUGAACUAGUCAAGAACAUUGUGGCUGACGACCGGGUCCAGUUCCAUGUGCUGAGUGCCUUUGACCCCUUGCCUGUCAGCCCCUCUGAUGAUGGAGCCUUGGGCUACCAACUCCUCCGCCAGACAUUACAGUCCGUCUUCCCAGAAGUCAGCAUUGCUGCCCCAGGUAUUUGUAUUGCCAACACAGACAGCCAACACUACACAAACCUCACCACUGGCAUCUACAAGUUCAGCCCCCUCUACCUGCAGCCUCAGGACUUCCAGAGCAUCCACGGAAUUAACGAGAAAAUCUCAGUCCAAGCCUACGAGACCCAGGUGAAAUUCAUCUUCGAGUUUAUCCAAAAUGCUGAUGCAGACCUGAAACCAGUUCCUCACAAGCACGAACUGUGAGGUCCAGGAGCCAGCUGAAUCAGGAUGCCUGACCCUGGGUCAGAACUAACCCAAGGGGGAAAGCCAAUGUUGAUAAAACUCUGGAGCAGAACCACAUAGUAAUACAACU